CGAGCUCUGUUUAACAGUCAGAAUGAUUCAGGUUCUUGUGGUUUUGGGAUUCCUUGCUGCAGCAGAAGGUGGAUUCCUUGGCGCAGGAGUAGGAGGUACAGGUAGAUUUAUUACUGGAGGAGGAUUAGGGAGAUUUGUUGGGGGAGGUGGCAGAGGUAUAGGAGGAUUGUCUGGUGCAGGAUUAGUAGCUACAGGCGGAUAUUUCCAUGGAGGGCUUGCUGGUGGAUUUGCUGGUGGCGUAGGAGGAGGAGGCUUAGCACGGGGCUACUAUGGUCAACAACCAGUGUAUCCUUCAGUUCCUACACCUUAUGCUUUUAAUUACGUUGCUCCCGCUAUUGGUGGUUUGAGUGCACGCCAGGAAACUGGAGAUGGUUCAGGAAGGGUUAGUGGAUCUUAUCAACUCUCUGACGCUGAUGGACGCCAGAGAAAUGUUAAAUAUACUGCAGGUCCGGAAGGAUUCAGAGCUCACGUAAUUACCAACGAGCCUGGAACCAAGAGUGAGAACCCUGCUGACGUCACUGUCGAAUCUUCUGCUCCCGUUGCACCUUAUUAUCCAUCCAGAGGACAUUACGGACACGGAGGGUAUGCUGGUGGUGGUAUUCAUAAAUACAUUGUUGCUCCAUCUAGCGGCCCUUGGCAAUAACUUGACACAAUUUUGUGGUAUCUUUAAUAAAUUGACAAAAAUAUUUUGCACAUUUUUGGCUUUCUCAGAAUACGAAACAUGUAAUAUGUGUCUUUAAUGUUUUUCAGCAACCUUCUUGUAAUUUUUGAAUAA